AUGAGGAGGUACAGCCCCCAGUACCGGAGCCCCACAAGGAGGGGAUAUGGUGGCAGAGGUAGAAGUCCCCCAAGGAGGGGAUAUGGAGGACGGAGGGAGCAGGGUUCAGGAAGCUUCUUGGUCCGCAACAUCCCAUUAAGUUGCACGCCGGAGGAUCUUAGAGUUCCUUUUGAAAGGUUUGGUCCUGUUCGGGAUGUGUACCCGCCAAAGGAUUAUUACACCAGGGAUCCCCGAGGGUUUGCAUUUGUGGAGUUUGUUGACCCUUAUGGUGCAUCUGAUGCACAAUAUCACUUAAACCACACAUUAUUUUUUGGCCGAGAGAUAACUGUUGUUGUUGCUGUCGAGUCACGGAAAAGGCCAGAUGAUAUGCGUAAUAGAGCUAGAGUACGGGGUUAUUCUGGUGAACCUGAAAGGCGUAAUUCUCGUUAUGGGAGGUCCCGAUCCCGUUCACGCUCCUACUCUCCUCGCUAUCGUGGCCGUCCUCGGUCAAGAUCAAGGUCAUACUCUCCUGCUCCAAGACGGCGAGAGGAUUACUCUGCUUCCCCACCAAGAUCACAUCACACACAGUCUCCUAGGUGUCUGCCAAAGGGACAUGAAGAAGACGAGCGGAGAUCCUAUUCUCCUGCUGGUAGAAGUGGCGGCGAGCGUGAUGUUGAUACUAAUGGAAAGUAA